CGCCUGGUGCUAGCGCGGGUGGCGGGCGCCACAUACGUGAUCGUCACGCCCGAUCGGGACGUCUAUGACGAGACCUACGACGCGGAGCACGUGGUGGACUUCAAGCAGGCGGGCCCGCGAGGAGGGCUACCGCCAGGGCUGGGGGCUGCGCGAGGACAGCCGGUGUAUCGCUUCGCCAACCGUGUCGUGGGGGGCGAGAGGGCCGCGCUGUUCAGGGAGGCGGAGGAGAUGGCUGCACAGCUGCGCGAGGAGAUGGGCCUGGCGCUGGGCGAGCCGGGGCCAGAGGCGGAGCCGGGAGGCCGGCCCCCGCUGCCUCCGCCUGCGGAGGCGCCCGAGGAGGAGCUGGCGCGCACGAGGCGCGCCGACUGGAAAUGCGUCGUGGAGUCGGCCGCGGUGAAGAAAGGCGUCGUGUACUCCUUGCACGACCACCUGGACACGCCGUCGGAGCACUUCAGCGGCGUGGGGGCCUACGGCAUCUACGACCUCGGGAGGCGGGGCGAGUCGGCCAUCAUGAUGCGCCUAGAGCCAGGGCAGGAGGUGAAGGAGGCGCUGCACAUCUUCGGCGCGCGGGCGGAGUCUGGAGGCGUGGCUGGCGGCUCCAAGACUCCGCCAGCGGCGGCGGAGGACGCGAGGACCUUGUGCAUCGUGCGGGACUCGGUGGGCAGGCGUUUUAGGACCAUGCGCAGCGCGGCAGAGAGCGCCUGCCUCAGCGACUUCGACGACUGGGUGCUCUCAGGGCCGCGCACCACGCUUUACGUCGUGGGGGAGAUUGCGAAGAUGAAUGGGGGCCCAGUGCAGCGCCACACCACGUGGAAGCACGAGAACGAGCUCACUGAUGAGGAGCACAGCGUGGUGGCCCACGAGAUGUUGUCGGAGAUCUUGGAGCUGGCCUGCACCUACGACGAGGUGGACGUGGCCAACCUGGCCUGCCUGGAGGCGCUGGCGAGGCACAUGCAGUUCAUCGAGCGCAAGAUCAAGAAGAAGAAGGAGACUGUGAGGGACUUCGCAUCGCAGGACUACUACCUGAGCCGCACGCGUCGGACUGGCGGGGCGAUAGUCAGCCCGGAGCUGCUGAAGUGGGCCGCGGAGUCGGCGGCCCGGGAUUCGGCCAUCCUGAAGGAGGAGCGGAAGGCAGCGGAGGAGCGCGCGUUGGCGCGGGCUCCUCCAAAGAAGUCACGAAGCUGGACGAGGCUGGGGCUUGGCCGACCCCAGCUGGUACCAUCAGGCCGCUGGAGCGCAUGGUGCCUCGGGAUCUUCUUCCUCUUCCGUCGGUGCCGUUGCCUCCAGCCAGGAGGUGUCUACCUCGUCGAGCAGCCCAGCGAUUCGGGCGACUUUUGCUCGGAGGCUCGUCCUUCGGAGGCGCAAUUUUCCGCUGUGGACAUGAUUUGGCAGGCGGUCUCUGAUGACAUCCCGCCGAGCGACGUUCCCAGCCCCGAGGCAGCCCUGUCGGAGUUGCUCGGCGCUGAGACUCUGGGUGAUGGCCCGGAGGGCUCUACCGUGGUUGCGCCGUUUGAACGCGGUCUGGUUUCGUGGCCUGAGUCGGCGGGCUGCGCCGGCUUGCUGGAUGCGCUGCCGGAGCCGGACUACCAGGAGGUGCUCAACGGUAAACAUUCGUUGCUGCUUCGUGCUGAUGAGGUUCGCCCAGAGCCUGCUAAGGUUUACUGGGAUAAGACCCUGCGCAGCGACAGAGGCGAGCGCGCGAACUUCGUCCACGAGCUGCUCAGGCGGAACAUGGUGGAGGACUUCGUCGAGAAUUUGAAGCGGGUGUAUUCUGAAGAAGAAGCCGAGCCUGGCGACGCGCUGGAGGUUUCCAUCCAGGAUAUCGCGGGCUGUUUUUACCAGUUCAGGGUGCCGGACUACAUGACCCCCCGGUUCGGCACGCGGCCCGUGAGGGCGUCGGGGUUGGGGGCGAACGUCGUGGAGGAGCAGGAGGUGGCUCGGGGGGCGCGGGUUUGCCCAUGCCUGAAGGCGCUGCCGAUGGGCCUCUCGUGGGCGACGCGGUGGACUCAGCAGGCUCAUCGCGAACUGCUUCGGCGAGGAGGUCUUGAUGGCAUCGAGAGCGAGCUGGUGGAUCGGCAGGUGGUCUCCAGCGUGGCGGCGGCGCCGGCGCCCAGGGCGGCGCACGUGGACAACGAGAUUUUCGCGUCGAACAGGGCAGCCGCCACUGUGAAGGCGCGCAGGCAGGCCGCCAGAAUGAUGGCAAGUGUCGGGCCGCCGAUUCGCGAGGUCGAGGAGGGCAAGAACGUGGUGGAGGCGCUGGGCCUGGAGCUGGAUGGCAUCAAGCUUCGGGCCAGGCUGGCGAAGCGCUGGCGCCUAGUGCAGGGCGUGAGGGCGCUCCUGCGGCGCGGUCGAGCGGCAGGCAGGGAGGUGGAGAAGAUGGCGGGGCACUUCACCCACGCCAUGCUGCUGAACAGGCCGGCGCUCAGUGCGCUCAGGUCGGUGUGCGACUUCGCGCGCAAGCACUACCGCCAUCCUGCGCCGCUGUGGCCUUCGGUCAGGCGGGAGCUCGCCAACGCCAUGGGCCUGCCCCCGUUGCCGGCGGCGCAGUUCGACUUGCCGUGGUCAGGCACCGCGACGUGCUCGGACGCCACGCUCCGGGGCUACGCGGCGCAGGAGGCCAAGAUCGACCAGCGGGCGGUGCGCGAGGUGGGCCGCUGGAGCGAGCGCUGGCGGUUCCGCGUCGAGCAGGGCUGGCGCCAGCGGGCCUGGCAAGCGCCCGGCGCCGACAGCAGCACCAACGCCCUCAGGCAAGGCUGGCGCGCGCGCGCCUGGAGCCCAGCGGGAGAGGGCGCUGCCGAGGGCGACAGGCGCGCGCGCCGCCGCCCCUUCUGCAGCACCGCCGCGGCCGACCGAGAGCGCUCCCUCAGCUGCGGCCAACAGUCCGGCAGCUGGCCAGCAGUGCUUGACGGCGCGGAUCGGGCCAAGGCGCGCCCCAUCGGCACUGGCGGGCUGACCGCGCUCGAGCAGGAGAGCGCCACCCUCAAGACGAAGCAGGACUACGAGAGGAGGCUGGCGCGGUUCGAUGACUUCUGCAGGAUCCACGGGCUCGAGGAGCCGUCAAACAGCGGGGCCAAGCUGCUGGCGGCCAUCGGGCAUCGCGAUCCGCGGUUGCAUCACGCGGGGCGCCUCCUGAAGCUGCCGCGCAUGGCGCGGGCGCUGCAGGGCUGGCGGCGGCUGGUGCCGCCUGUGACGCGGGCGCCGGCGCCCUGGGCGGCGGUGGCCGCCAUCGCGGUGGCGCUGGUGUGCAUGGACCAGCGGCGCGCGGCGCUCGGGGUGGUGCUGGCGGCCGACGCUUACCUCCGCCCAGGCGAGCUGCUGUCGCUGCGGACGCACCACGUCGCGCCAGCCCAGCCGCAUGCAGGAGGCGACUGCUGCUUCACGUCGCUGGCGCUGCGGCCCGAGGAGGAGAGCGUGGCCACCAAGACCAAAGGGUUCAACGACUCGAUCUUGUUGGACAGCCCGUCAAGGUCGCACUUGGGGCCGCUGGUGGAAAGGCUCGCGAUCAGCCCUCCGCCGAUGCAGCUCCUCUUUCCGUGGUCGGGCCCGGCCUACAAUGCCACGUUCAAGGAGGCGGCGCCCCUGGUCGGUCUGGCCAGCUGGGAGCUGACGCCCUACAUCCUUCGUCACUCGGGGCCAUCGCACGACUGGCUGACAAAGACGAGGACGUUGGAGGCAAUAAAGCGCCGAGGGCGCUGGGUGUCAGAUCUCAGCAUGCGGCGCUACGAGAAGUGCUCGAGGGGCAUGAGAAGGCUGGCCAGCAUCGACUGCGGCAAGCAGCUGCUCCUGGCAGAGGCCGAGGCGCAGCUGGAGGUCGCUCUAUCCUCGGGGCAGUUGGGGUGCUUCGCGAGCAGGCGCCAGGAGGUGGGGCUGGCGCGAUUCAGCCGCUCGUCCUGGAGCUGUUUGCUGGCGCCCAAG